UGUUCUGGAUCGACUGCUGCGAGCAGCCCCAAAUUGGACGGAUCGGAAUGGACGGCAGCAAGCCACGUGUCAUAAUCGAUACAGAAAUAAGUGUUCCCUCAGCCUUGACCAUUGACCACAUCAACAAAAGGAUCUACUGGGCUGACGAGAACCAUAUCUUGUUUUCGAACAUGGAUGGUACAAAAAGACACAAAGUCCCAAUCAAGGACAUAGGUGGCAUAACCGGUCUCACACUCUUUGAGGACUUCAUCUACUGGAGCGACCAGAAGUCAAAAACCCUCAGUCACUCGCACAAGACGUCCGGCGGCCAACAUACAGAACUCCUCAGCUCCUGGCAAACCAUUCGAGACAUUAAAGUCUACCACCCACUCCGACAGCCUGAUGUGCCAAAGCAUCAGUGUCAAGUGACUAAUGGAGGGUGCAGUCACCUAUGCCUUCUUUCCCCUGGUGGGGGAUACAAGUGUGCUUGCCCUACACACUUCUACCUGGCAAACGACAACAAAACAUGUCUGUCUAACUGCACCGCCAGCCAGUUCCGCUGUGGUACAGAUGAGUGUAUUCCCUUCUGGUGGAAGUGCGACACUGUGGAUGACUGUGGAGAUGGAUCCGAUGAGCCGGCAGAUUGCC